AUGUCUUUAAAGGUGUUUCAAAGACGGCUAGAUGGAUCAGUAGAUUUUUUUCGAAAUUGGACAGACUACAAGAAAGGAUUUGGAGAUCUAAGAAGCGAAUUCUGGCUAGGCAAUGACAUACUACAUUAUCUGCUGAGUCAGGGAAAGUACAUGAUGCGGAUGGACAUGGCAGACUUCGACAACCAGACACGUUACGUCAAGUACAGCUAUUUUAACGUAGGGGACGAGACAUCAAAGUAUUACGUGACCGUAUUCGGGCACUCGGGGGACGUUGGUGAUUGCUUUACGACAGAUCGAGGAAUUAACCACAUGAUGUUUUCCACAAAAUACCAAGACAACGAUAUACUAGAUAAUAGAACGUGUGCGGUCAUAUACCAAUCAGGCUGGUGGUACAGAAAAUGCCAAUGUGCCAAUCCUAAUGGCAAAUACCUAGCUGGACGCAACGAUGAGUUCGGAGUAGGAAUAACUUAUGAAGCAUGGCGGGGUCAAAAUUACUCAUUGAAAUUCACCCAGUUCAUGGUUAAAAAAAGAUUCACACAAUUUCAAACAAUGUCUAGAAAGUAGGAACCAGCAACUUUUUUCAGAUUAAAUGUUGUGCAUUCCUCCGACAACACUUGCCUCUUAUUCACGUGUGUGGGACAUAAUCAUUGCAUAAUUAAAACAUUAUUAUGGUGUCUGGUACAAAUGAUUAAAACUGUUUUAUCAUG